UCCGGCAGCAUGCAUCUCUCUCUCUCUCAUAUACACACAUAUACGGCCACCCACACACGGUACUUGAAUUAGUGCGGAAAGUAGUAUGGAAAGAGCUGUAGAGUUUAGAAAGCAUGAGGAAUCCAGGGACCAUGUGAACCUGCGCCAGUAGAUUCUCUGAAGGCGAAUCAAGAAGAAAAGACCGUCAAGUCCAAAACAAGCAAGGUGCAUACAAAAAAUUUCUUGUCCAAGCCUGCCACUCUAUCACACAUCAGUGAGCAAACCGGCGGAGCCUCUUGUUUUCUACACCACAAGAAAAUCAGGAACAGAAAGAGCGAGAGAGAGAGAGAUCAGAGAGAUGGCUGAUCUGCUGGUGAUUGCUGCAUUGAUAGCAGCAGGGAUCGUCUGGGUUACUCUCCUGAAAUGGAACGAGAUGAAGCAUGUCAUGAAGAAGGCGUUGCUGCCCCCAGGUACCAUGGGAUGGCCCCUCCUUGGGGAGACCCCUUAUUUCCUCAAAUACGGUCCAGAUUUCAUGAAGCAGCAGAGAGCAAGGUACGGCGAUGUUUUCAAGUCCCACAUAUUGGGUUGUCCCACAAUUAUCUCAAUGGAUCCAGAUUUCAACAGACUCGUUCUCACGAUGAACGAAAGACAAGGCCUUGUUCCUGGCUACCCACAAUCCAUGGCGGACAUCUUAGGCAAAUGGAACAUUGCAUCUGUUCCCGCCCCCAUCCAUAAGGCCAUGAGGGCUGAAAUUUGUUCCCUUACCAACACCAAUAUGAUGAGAGACGUGCUGCUAAAGGACAUGGAUUGUUUCAUGAGAUCCCAUCUCUGCAGUUGGGGAGGAAAAGUAAUCGACAUUCAAGACCAAACCAAGCAGAUGGCACUUCUCUUAACACUCAGGCAUAGCGCCGGAAUCCUGCCCGGCCAUCCCAUGGUGAGCGCAUUCUGCCCGGAGUUUCACAAACUUGUGAAGGGGACCCUGUCGAUGCCAAUCAAUCUCCCUUGUACCAACUAUCGCCGCGCGUUGCAGGCAAAGGUGAAGAUUCUUGAAUUGCUGGGAAGGAUUGUGGAAGAAAGAAGGAAGGCCGGCGAUGAAGCUGCCGGCAAUGACGUUCUUGGCAGCAUACUGAGUAAAGAUGAUGAGAAAACUAAGUUGAGCCUCACCGAUGAUCAAAUAGUUGGCCUGUUAAUAUCAAUCAUCUAUGCUGGCUAUGAAACCGUUUCCACCACCAUGAUGAUGGCUGUUAAGUAUCUCCAUGAUAAUCCAAAAGCGCUUCGUGAGAUCAAGGAAGAGCAAUCAGAAAUCAGAAGAACAAAAGAACCAGACCAGUCACUUACCUGGGAUGAGUACAAGUCUAUGACAUUUACUCGAGGAGUUAUAUACGAGACACUAAGACUUGCAACAGUCGUGAAUGGGGUGCUAAGGAAGACGACAAGAGAUAUGGAAUUGAAAGGAUUUUCCAUUCCAAAAGGUUGGAAAAUUUUUGUUUACAUGAGAGAGACCAACUUUGAUCCCAAUAUUUACUCCGAUCCCUUAACCUUCAAUCCAUGGAGAUGGCAGGAAAGGAGCUUGGAGUCCAACCCACACUUCAUGACUUUUGGAGGAGGAACCAGAUUAUGCCCAGGGAAGGAGUUAGGGAUGGUUGAAAUUGCUGUGUUCCUUCAUUAUUUCCUUACUGUAUACAGGUGGGAAGAGGCUGGAGAAGACAAGAUUUUGAAGUUUCCUAGAGUUGAAGCGCCCAAUGGCCUGAGGAUCAAAGUGUUCAAUUGUUAAACAUUUGCCAACUUGAUUAUCACAGCAAUCUCCUUCUAUUUCCUAUAGUUUCUUCUUAUUUAUGCUUCUUUUCAUUUUCAA